GUCAGUCUCGGCAAAAUGAGGCAAGGAGAGCUUCUUCUGAUUUUCUCGUUGGCCGUAUUGGGUUCCGUGACGGCGCAAAACGAUUUUCCUUCCUGCAGUGGCUUCAUCGGCUGUUUGGGCGAACCUGAGUGCGGACCCUAUCCUAACCUGCUGAGGCCCAACAGGACAGUUAACAGUUGCUGCCCAGGUUGCGUCGAUCACGUUGUGCUGGGCGGAGAAUGUGACCCUAAAGAAUGUCUCCCUGGUCUGGAUUGCGAAAGUGGAGAAUGCGCGUUGCCAGCCACAGGCACUUGCCAGAGCUACGAACACAGAGAUCUUCUGUGGAAGCCAAAGUGUGAACUUGAUGGCACGUUCUCCGCUGUGCAGUGCAAAGGAGAACGACUGUCCGGAAGAUGUUACUGUUAUUCUGAGGACGGGCGGCGGAUUUUCGGCCAGCAGUGGUGGAGCAAGGCCGAGAACAUGACCUGCGGGUGCAGCCGCAAGAUCGAGGCGUUGAAGCAACAAGGCCGCGUGGACGUGACCAUCCACUGCACCGAAGACGGAAACUUUGACACUCUGCAGUGCGACUCUGGCGUCUGCUGGUGCGCAGACAAUAUCACCGGACAAACUCUGGGCGAGGUCGUCCCUGAGCCUAUGAUGCAAAUGCUGCCCUGUUACAAUGCCACGGCAGUAGGAGACUCGUAUUUGCGCAGGUGUGACAGUGCCGAGUACGCGUUGAAGGUGAUCAGGGAUGAAAUGCGCACGCACGGCACCGUAGGCGACGCUUUCGUCUCCAAAAACUGCGGAUACGACGGCUCAUACGGAGAAUACCAGUUCGAAUCCGGGAAUCGUUACUGCACCUGGAGGGAUAACAGCAGAAUUGGCAGUUUCAUGGUGGGACAGUUGCCUCCUGGUGGAAUGAACUGCUAUUGUGCGAGGGACUCGAGAUACUUUCAAGAAAGCGGAUACCUUUUCACGAUGCUGUGCAGUGGAGACGGCAGCUACAUCCCCAUGCAGAGCCUUGAGGACAAGACCGUGUGCGUGGACAAAGACGGAUUCCCCUACGCGGAAAUUACAGACACAAGCGAAGCUUGCCCUUCUCUUCCUGCCACGCCUUAUGUCUUAACUGAAUUCGAGUUUUUUAAACUUGUUUGAAUACAUAUUCAAUAA